CAGAAAGUGGCUCCGGUCGACGGCGGCAGGACGGCGACUCUUACUCUCACUGAAACUUACUCAAGUCUUCCCCCUAAAAAAAAAAACUGUGGAUUUCUUUCCUUCUGUGGUUUUGUUUUUGUGUAAAUUAACCCCUUCGGAUUAAUCUUUUUUCUUUUUAAAGAGGAAUAACUUGUUCUCAUUAAAAGUGGCUGACUGCAGCUCGGGUCCCCAUGCUCUGCCCUGUGAGUUCUGCUUGGCCUGCUGAGCCCGAAGGUGCCGGUGCGUCCAUACUGGGCUGCAGCUGAAAGCAGGGAUACGGUGACUGCGGUGGUGGAGGCGGGUCGUCAGAGGGCCCAGAGCCCACGGUAGCAGGCGGAGGGGCCUGUCCUGUCCCAGCCACACGAAGAUGAACAAACUGAACUUCCACAACAACAAAACCAUGCAGGACCGCCGCUGCGUUUGUGUCUUUUUGCCCAAUGAUGACACGCUCAAUGUCAUAGUCAAUGUGAAGACCCUGUGCCAGGAACUGUUGGUCCAGGUGUGUGACCUCCUGAGGUUGAAGGACUGUCACCUGUUUGGACUCAGCGUUAUUCAGAAUAAUGAACACAUCUAUAUGGAGCUGGAUCAGAAGCUAUCAAAAUACUGCCCCAAAGAAUGGAAGAGAGAAGCCAGCAAGGGCAUCGACCAGUUCGGGCCUCCAAUGAUCAUUCACUUCAGAGCUCAGUAUUACGUAGAGAACGGGAGAUUGAUCAGUGACCGGGCAGCCAGGUACUACUACUACUGGCACUUGAGGAAACAGGUGCUGCUCUCACAGUGUAUCCAAAGGGAGGAGGCCUACUUCCUCCUGGCAGCCUUCGCCCUCCAGGCUGACCUCGGCAACUUCAAACGCAACAAGCACUUUGGGAAGUACUUUGAACCCGAAGCCUACUUUCCCCCAUGGGUGAUAGCCAAACGCGGCCGUGAAUACAUCCUGAGGCAUAUCCCGAACAUGCACAAAGACCAGUUUGCCCUCACGGCUUCGGAGGCGCACCUCAAAUACAUUAAGGAGAGUGCCCAGCUCGAUGACGUCACUGUCCACUACUACAGACUCUACAAGGACAAGAAGGAAGUAGAGGCAUCUCUUACGUUGGGACUGACGUUACGUGGUAUCCAAAUAUUUCAGAACGUCGGGUCCGUGAGGCAACUGUUGUACGACUUCCCCUGGACCAACGUGGGAAAACUGGUAUUUGUGGGGAAGAAGUUUGAAAUCCUUCCCGACGGUCUGCCCUCGGCCCGUAAACUCAUCUACUACACAGGUUGUCCCGUGCGCUCUCGCCACCUCCUGCAGCUGCUCAGCAACAGCCACCGGCUCUACAUGAACCUGCAGCCCGUUCUCAAACAAGUCCGCCGCUUGGAGGAAAACGAAGAAAAGAAGCAGUACAGGGAGUCGUAUAUCAGCGACGCUCUGGAACUGGACAUGGAUCACCUGGACAAACGUUCCCGGGCCAGUGGCAGCAGCGCAGGGAGCAUGUCUCAUCACAAACGCCUGUCCCGCCACUCCACCACUAGCCACGGCAGCUCGCACACCUCCGGCAUCGAGACGGACAGCUUCAGGGCCCCGAGUCAGGCCCCGCACAGGCCCCUACGAACCUGUAGCUCUUCCACAACCAGCCACGGGAGCUCGCACACCUCCGGCAUCGAGAGCAGCGGCAAGGAACGCAUACUUGAUGAUGACGAAAUUGAGAUGCUGGUGGACGACCCCAAAGACUACGAGGAGCUUCAUGAGAUGGCUCUGGACCAAGAGCUGUGUAUCCACAUCACCGAGGACAUGUUGACCAUGUCGCCUGAUCAGAGCAACGGAUACUCAGGACUGAUAGUGAAAGACGUCAGCUCCUCCACUUCCAGCUCCUCUGAGACCGUCGUCAAGAUGAGAGGACAGAGCAUCGAGUCUCUGCCACAGACAUCUGCGUGCAGGAAGCCUCAGUCUUCGACCGACCGGCACAGCCAGUCUCUCGACGACGUCCGGCUCUACCAGAAGGACUGCUUGCAGUGGGCGGAGCUCUGCCAGGACACCGCCCACAGCUACACGUUCGGCUGCGCCCAGGAGCUGAGCGACGGCGGCGCCUAUCAGGGCCUCGCCGAUCAGCGCGCCGGCAUGCUCAGCGAGCAGCACCCGUUUCCCAUCAAGAGAACCAACAAAUACUUCUCCCUGGACCUGACCAGCGAAGAGGUCCCCGAGUUCGUGGUGUGACGGAGGCGGACGCAAGGCGACCUCGGGGUGACCUUUUUCGCUCCUCCUUGUCAGAUGUGGAGACGUUUCAGCCCUCAGGGAACGAGGCGAGAGGAGAGAGAGCGCUGGAGAGGUGGUUUCUAUUCUUGGCAGCGAUGAGUAAACUGGCAGCAAGUUGGCUGUCCCUUCACCACUUAAGACGAAUAACACAUAAUAACGAACAAAUAACGGAUUCUGGCUGAAAACUUUAAGAACAAACACUGGGUUCAAGAGAACCCGUAACCCGAGCUGCUCCCCUGUGUGAAAGGAAACAAAAGGGAUCGUGUCAUCUUCUUUUAAGAAACAUUUUUAUUCAAAUAUGUCUCCUCCAGACGUCUUGUUUGCCUGCAUUAUAAAGUCCUAAAAAGACGGUGUGUGCAUGCACGUAGGCUUACAGCAGACAGAGACUCAUGCACAGACACAAAGAGCAUAUCAAAGAUUUUCUCUGGAGGACACAAAGGACAAAAUCACUCUGAGCUAUGAACCAAAGACAAGAAAUGGAAAUAAAUAAAAGGGAAAUGUCCAACUAAUUCUCUCUGGGCAGCCGUGGCAAAAACAUUUCAAAGUCACGGCGGGAGGGAACAUGAACCCAUAAUGCUUUGAGAGAAAGCAGCCUUGUUUUCUUGCCCCGGUCUUCUUCUACGCCGCUUCAUUUUACCUCAACAGGAAGUGCAGUGUGCCAACUCCCCUCUGACUGGACUCUUAAUCAUGUGAACACACACCCGAUGUGCCUUCAUCACACUAUGCAGGUGUCAAACCCUCGCCUUGACAAUCACACACCUCACCUUAGUCAUUUUAAAGAUCCAAGCCAUCAGAAUUCAAAGUUUUUUCCACUUUAUUUUUAACCCCUGUAUUAAUGUAAGCAGAUCAAGCCAGUCUUUCAGCUUCUUAAAUGUCAAAAAGACAAGAUUUCAAACUGUUUCACGUCCUGGGAGGAAUGAGGUCGAGUAAGUUCCUGCGUGUCCUGACAUGAGUUUGAGUUUGUGGCCACAAAAGCUUCCCUGUAAUCUAGACUCAAAAUGGAGCCCGGGUUGGCUGCCGGCCAAAACAAACCAUACAUUUUGAUGCAUACAUGUACAUCUUCCUUUCUCCUGCUCAGUUUUUCGUCUCAUCAUUUUAAACUGGAAUUUGUUACUUUUUUAUUUUAUUUUGCAUCCUGUCUUUACCUGUUUUACCUGAAAUCUCUUUACACGUGUAUUUUUGUAUGAACUGGCCAGACUUGUGUAUGUUGAACAGUUACUCUGCGUGCAGUUGAUUUCAUUCAGUAUUACAGAUGUUAUGUGUGACAGUAUUAAGGAACGGGUGAUGAUGUUUGUGGCCCUAAACAAGAAAGACUGGUUUUAUUAUUUUUAUCUCCCGGUAAGACUGUGGUAGCUGACAGGAUGUACAAGCUGUUAUUUCUCAAUCACACCUCAAAUUUAAAUAUGUGAGUGAGGACGGGAGGUUGUUGCAGGUUGUUGCAACAACCGAGGUGUUUUUACUCAUGUAAUCAUGCAGCUCAAAUUCAAAGCGCCACAGUUACAGCUCUGUCUUAUUUAAAUCAGUGCUAUUAGGCUUUUUUAAAGAUACACCGUCAUAUUUUUAGCUUCUCUGUGGUGAAAACACUCUUGUACUCUUGAUUAAUAAGGUAGAAAACAACCUUUAUCAUGACCGCAGAAUUAUUAAGUUGUACUCAGAACUUUCUAAGUGGUUCAAAUGAUCAUUUAAGUUACUGAAAAACACUAAUUUAAAAAGAUUGGACGUGUAUGAUUAAAGAAAGAGUUGAAAAGUUGGUGAAAUACACGUAUUACUCAUUAUUUCUUAGAGUUAGAUGAGAAGCUCGAUACAGCUCUCAUGACCGUAAACUAUAUGAAGCUACAGCCAGAGGAUGAUUAGCUUAGCUUAGCAUAAAGCAAACCUUCCAGCAGCUCUUAAAGUCACCAAUUACCACCUGAUAUCUGGUUUGUUUAAUCCGUACAAAAACCAAAGUGGAAACGCAAUGUGGUUACGGUAUGUACAGGACUGUUUCUUGUCCAGGAAAUUACUGUUUCCUGCCAAGAAAUAGUUUUAGCACCUAACCCCCCGUAGAAACACAACAUGUCGUCUUCACUUUCUGGUUUUUGUACGGAUCAAGAGUUUCAGAGGUGCUGGUAGGUGGAUUUUGUUACCUUUGGACAGAGCCAGGCUAGCUGUUUCCCUCUGUUUCCAGUCUUUACGCUAAGCUAGGCUAACCUGCUGCUGGUGGUAGCUUCAUAUUUUCUCUUCGAUAAAGUGAAUAAGCACAUGUCCCCAAACCUUUCCUAAAAAUGUACACUGUUCACAUACGUGUCGUCUGCAAAACUACAAUAUUUAACACCUUCAGCUGAGCCGAGACUCUCCGAGUUGCUUUACAAGAUGUCUGUCGGCUGUCAGUCAAACUCCAGCUCAUUUUAUUUAGCUAGGCUGAGCUGUAUGAUGUGUAAUUGUGUCUGUUUUGUGUGGCUCAAACGUUGUUAGAGUGUUUCCAAACUCAUACAUUCAUCAUUUUAGAUCACUGUUAUUUUAAUCUUAGUCAUCCCAGUUCAGCUUUAACUAACUAUCAUUAUUCAAACCCACAGUUUUUUCACAUACUGGCAAUACAGCAACUGAACAAGGCUUUAAAAACAACAUUUAUGUAAUACAUAACAAAUACAUGAAUUUGAUACUGCUAUGUAAUUAAAAACAACUUCUAUAUUUCGUACAGUUUUUUCUUUUCUUUCACUGUUUUAAACUUAUAACUACUUCUUCUCAUUAAUGGACAAUGUCUAAAAGUCAUAUUUUGAUGGACAAUGAUGUUUCUUAUAUUAAUAAAACAGUUUGUGUUAAGGUACAUAGCCAUACAGUCAUAACCCAUGUCCUUAAAGUCUUCAUAAUUUGUUCUAACUUCCUUUUCUGACUUCAAUAUAUGGUCAUACUUACACUUUGUAAGAGUCUGUAUGUCUGCGUCCAUAAUCCUUUCUGUGAAAGGAUCUCCCUUCAGGAAACAAUGAAAGUUUUUUUUUUUUGUCACCCUGUAGUUAAAAAAAUGAUUUGUUAUUAUGAAGUCUGGUCCGUGCCUUCUUGGUACUAAUGCCCUCAAUAUCCAAUAAAAAGGUACAUUUAUUUGCCAA